AUGGCAGGCCACGGGAGACCUAGUCCGCGUCUACGACAAAGAGCAGGCCACGCUGAAUCGUCUUCUUCUGCCAACUUGGAAUAUGAGCAAGUGCAGGAUGAUGAACAUUCUGCUGAAGUAUUCCAGAAUCCGAACAACCGGAAUGCUAUAGAGUUAUUAUUUGAGGGGACGAGGGGGAGUGCUAUCGUUGUGGCGAUCCUCACUGCGCUCGCUUUCGCACUACGGUUCUACAAAAUCAAUCAUCCAGACCAAGUCGUGUACGCCACACACACAUUCUCCUUUAUUCCUCACUCCUCUGACAACUCCUCCUAUUCCUAUUCCAGCUUCGACGAAGUCCACUUUGGCAAAUUCGCAGCAUACUACAUCACUCGGGAAUACUACUUCGACGUCCAUCCUCCUUUUGCGAAAUUACUCUUUGGCUUGGCGGGCUGGUUUGUUGGCUUUGAUGGGAAAUUCCACUUCGACAAUAUUGGGGAUAGCUAUACCGACCACCAUGUCCCGUUUGUUGGGAUGCGCGCGCUUCCUGCUAUACUUGGUAGUCUUACUAUCCCCCUCAUCUACGCAAUCAUGAAGGAGAGCGGAUACUCCACCGUCAUCGCUGCGUUCUCGGCUUCUCUUGUUCUUUUUGACAAUGCGCACAUUGCUCAAUCACGGCUUAUUCUUCUGGACGCGACGCUGAUAUUCUUCAUUGCACUCACCAUCUAUUCAUAUAUCCGUUUCCGCAAAUUGCGUUAUCGGGAAUAUACCUCGGAAUGGUGGGCUUGGCUUAUCCUUACGGGUGUCUUCAUGGCUUGUACGUGGGGCUCGAAAGUCAAUGGCAUUCUUACCGUCUUCACUAUUGGAAUUGCUGUCAUCAUUGACUUGUGGGAUCUGCUUGAUAUCAAGAAGGGUCACACGAUGGAUUACUUUACAAGGCAUUUGGCUGCAAGAGCAAUUGGGUUCAUUGUCGUGCCAUUCAUCGUCUACCUUUCCUUUUUCUACAUCCACUUCUCGAUCCUCACAACGUCUGGUCCUGGUGAUUCCUUCAUGAGCCCUGCAUUCCAGGAGACUCUGUCAGGCAAUGAAAUGCUUCUCAACAGCCACGAAAUCCGUUAUUAUGACAUCGUCACAAUUAGACACAAAGACACCAAGGUUUUCUUGCACUCCCACAUAGAGAAGUAUCCUUUGAGCUAUGAUGACGGUCGAAUUAGUAGUCAAGGGCAACAAGUGACUGGAUAUGGACACAACGAUACGAACAACCACUGGCAAAUUAUCCCAACGAAAUCUUUGCCUGAGACCGGCCGCGGCCGUAUCGUCCGUCAUCAAGAUGUUAUCCAGCUGCUCCACGUCAACACGCUGACCCACCUCAUUACCCACGACGUUGCAUCCCCUCUGAUGCCAACUAACCAAGAAUUUACAACCUGGGACAAAGAUGACUAUUCGAGGCACAACGAGACACUUUUCCAGGUUGUGCUUGCCAACGAUCCUCACGACGGCGAAGCAUGGAAGAGCAAAUCUGGUCACUUCCGCUUGAUUCAUAUGUCGACCAAGGUCUCAAUGUGGACACAUUCCAAGCAACUCCCAGAGUGGGCAUUCAAGCAACAAGAGAUUAACGGCAACAAGAACCCAACUGAAAAAACAGCAACUUGGUUUGUUGAUGAAAUCGUCGCCGACGAAGAUGGCGAUGAAGUUACGGAUAGAACGGAACAUGCGGCUGUUAAAAUCCCCAAAUCUAUGAACUUCUUUAGGAAGUUUGGCGAACUUCAAAUGCUUAUGCUGCAGCACAAUGCUGGCCUAACAGCAUCUCAUCCUUACGCCAGUAAUCCCAUCAACUGGCCAUUCCUCCUCAUGGGCAUCAGCUUCUGGACAGAGAACGACGAUAAGAAGCAAAUCUAUCUCAUCGGCAAUUUGAUAGGCUGGUGGGCAUGCGUCGUUGGUAUCGCCAUCUUUAUUGGAAUUCUCGGAGCCGACUUGAUUGCAAGGCGCCGUGGAAUGGAUCCUAUCUCUGACCCUGUGCGGAAUCGCCUGUGGAACAACACUGGGUUCUUCAUGUUGGUCUGGGCAGUACACUACAUCCCCUUCUUCUUGAUGAGCCGUCAGCUCUUCAUUCACCACUAUCUACCCUCUCACCUCGCCUCGGCUCUCGUUGCUGGCUCCGUAUUGAACUUCGUUCUGAGCGACACGAUCAACUAUCCCAUCUCCAUCCGCGGACCCAAAACACGAGCUAGACCAUCACAAUAUGCUGAUCUAGGGGUCAAGGGCCCCGUUAUUCUUAUCGUAUUCAGCUUAAUUCUGUUCUUGAUGUUUGGCUACCUUGCACCACUGACCUAUGGCACGCCAGGUUUGACGGGUGAGCAGGUGAACAGCAAGCGCCUGUUGUCGACCUGGACCCUUCACUUUGCAGCGAAAAAGGUACAUGAGGUUUAAGGGAAAAACCCCGAGAGUCGCGAUCAUACAUACUUGGGGACGGACGCAUUCCUAUAAUAUACCAUUGCGAGUAGGCUAUAUUGUAAAUUUACUUCUCUCUUCUUCGAGAA